CUCCGGGCGCCGCGGCCGCGGGGCCAAUGGGCGGCGAGAGGAGGGAGCGGGAAGCGGCGCUCUGGGCCCGGCCUCCCGGCCGGUGGCCGCCGCGCCAGCGCCGAGUUUGCGCCCAGAGCGUUUGCGCCGGGUCGCGCCGCCGGCCUCCCGCUCCGUGCCCGCGACCAGGCAGCCGAGCGCCCCGGCGGGAGGACGUCCAGCGGGGCGGCGCGGGCUGGGGCCGGGGCAGCCGCCUCCCGAAGAUGCAGGAUGGCAGGAGAGCCGGCGCCGUCCCUUCGGCCCUACCGCACCACGGGCUCCACCUGCCUGCACCCGCUCAGCGAGCUCCUGGGCAUCCCGCUGGACCAGGUGAACUUCGUGGCCUGCCAGCUCUUCGCCUUGCUCGCCGCCCUCUGGUUCCGCAUCUACCUGCACCCCAGUAAGAGCAGCUCCCAGGUCCGGCACGCCUUCGCCACCAUGUUGGGCAUUUAUUUUGUCAUCUUUUGCUUUGGCUGGUACUCUCUACACCUUUUCGUGCUGGUGUUGAUGUGUUAUGGGAUCAUGGUCACCGCGAGUGUGUCCUGCAUACACAGGUACACCUUUUUUGUGGCAAUGGGAUACCUUACAAUAUGUCACAUCAGCCGGAUAUACAUCUUUCACUACGGAGUCCUCACUACAGACUUUUCAGGGCCCCUGAUGAUCAUCACUCAGAAGAUCACGACCUUGGCUUUCCAAGUUCACGAUGGAUUAGGUCGAAAAGCUGAAGACCUCUCUGCUGAGCAACAUCGACUUGCAGUAAAAGUGAAACCCUCUUUUUUGGAAUACUUAAGCUACCUUCUCAAUUUCAUGAGUGUCAUCGCUGGCCCUUGUAAUCAUUUCAAGGACUACGUAGCGUUCAUCGAGGGGAGACAUACCCACAUGAAGUUGCUGGAAGGGACCUGGAAGCACAAAGGUUUCCGUGGCUUGCCAGAGCCUUCUCCUACUGGAGCCGUGGUACACAAGUUGUGCAUCACGCUGGCGUCUCUCCUCUUGUUUCUGACGCUCACCAAGACCUUCCCGGUCACCUGCCUUGCUGAGGACUGGUUUGUCCAUCAGGCCGACUUUCCGACUCGUCUCUGCUACCUGUACAUCGUCAUGCAGGCCUCAAAGCCCAAGUAUUAUUUUGCUUGGACGUUGGCUGAUGCAGUGAACAACGCAGCUGGCUUUGGGUUCAGUGGCGUGGAUAAGGACGGCAAGUUCUGCUGGGAUCUGCUGUCUAACCUGAACAUCUGGAAAAUAGAGACUGCCACGAGUUUCAAAAUGUACUUAGAGAACUGGAAUAUCCAGACCGCUGCUUGGCUGAAGUGCGUCUGCUACGAGCGGGUUCCCUGGUGCCCCACGGUGCUAACCUUCAUCCUCUCUGCUCUGUGGCAUGGCGUGUACCCCGGGUACUACUUUACCUUCUUAACUGGAGUCCUCGUCACGUUAGCAGCCAGGGCGGUGAGGAACAACUACAGGCAUCACUUCCUUUCUUCCAAAGCCCUCAAGUGUGUGUACGACCUGGUGACCUGGGCUGCCACUCAGCUGGCCGUCUCCUACACGGUGGCGCCCUUCGUCCUGCUGGCCCUGGAACCCACCCUCCGUCUGUACACGGAAUCUUUUUCUGAGGCCUUUUUGUCCGUUUGGAUUGGCUGUGUGCGGUUUACUUGUUUGGACAUUUUCCAGGACCUGUCGUGGUGUGGAGGUGUGGAGACAGUCUGUUCCGGGUCACCAGGUCUUUGCUUUUCUGACAUGGUUUCCAUCUGCUGAAGUCUGGAUGCUGCAUCGAGGCCUCGGCUCCAGAAGUCAGAAGGGGGUCGCUGAGAAGGUGUCCUAGACGAGGCCAGCCGUGGCUGUUCAUCGGAAGCUAUAACCCCUUUGACAUGUGACAUUGUUUGUUUGUGGAUACAGUGACUACACUCAGAAGACCCCAGAGGAGAGGGAUCAUGGAGAAGGGUUUUCAGGUACUGAAAACUCUGCAAGCCAGGAGGAUUACCCCUGAAAACGUGGAUGGACUGGGGUGCCCUCGGAGAGGCUGUGUGUGCCCCAGGAACGUAACCCUUUCCCUUCUCUUUUUCUGAACUGAGCCGAGAUUGGACUUGGGCACCUCUCCUGUGUGUCCCAGGAGCCGCGGAGGGGGCUGCUGUUUCCAUUUCACAUGCACCGCUUUCAGGAUGGCCCCAGGAGACCCCGAGACUCCCGUCACAGGCAGCCGAAUACCCUCUGAAGAAAUCCCUUUAAAACAAAAUUUAAACUUACACGGGAGUUUGGUAAGAAGCAGAAGAUGUUUCUGUCUUCUCCCCUCAUUUCUUGGAGGCGUUAAUGACCAUGGUCUUGACGUAGGCAGGGACUGAUUUUCAUUUUUCCAGUUUCAUAGCUGAUUAAAUCCAGCUUUGUUUUAGUUGACUUAUCAUAUUGGAAAGCAGAAAUUUAAAGACACUUCUAUCUUUGUUAUGAAUGUAUUGCGGCUCCUUUUGGGUACUACUAUUGGGUGAUAUUCUAUGUGGGAGAAGGAACAUGCUAUUAAAUAUUGUGGAAAAUAAUGAUGAUAAUAAUAAAAUAUAUGCUGCAAUGAUGUGCCUUCAAUCAAACAGCUUGGGAGGAGAAAAUUUAUUCAAAUCAGAUAGUAAAAAUUAGUUUCUCACUGAAUAAAUACUAUGUUUCUGUAUAAAGAAAAUGUUUCCGAAUGUAAGUGUUGCUUUUUGCUUUGAAAGACCGGGUAUUCAGAAGUGUGUGUGUGUGUUUAAUAAAUGUGCCCAAAGUUUUAU